CAUGCUGCUGUGGUUAGCCUCUGCUGCCUGCACGCUGUUAGAAAGGUGUACCUGCACGAAGCGGACUUUACCCAAAGUAGCUGGUUAUAUUUCAGCUUCAGUGUUUGUCACACACACAUAAAACACACAGUGCUGCUUGUGGAGACGGCAUUAGCAGAUACAAGCUGCUGUAAUGUGUAACUCUGCAGGGUCUGUGUGGAGCUAACGUGGGGGCGUUUCACCAUGCACUCCCAGUGCUCCUUCUCUCUGACCGUUUAAUGUUUACUUUAGCAAACGUGCACCUGGCAGCCACAGUCACCUGCUGGGACACCUGACAUGACCACAGCCGCUGCCAGUGUUCACUGUGCCCGGUGAAAACUGCUCGAGAUCACCCAAAGGUUGUUGACAAAGGAGCAGGCCUCAGCAUCUCUGUGUGUGGUGGCUGGCAGCCCCUAGGUGAGCACAGAAUACAAAUCAAGACUGUGUUUUUCUCUGGGAAUCGGCAGCCUACCUGUUGUGCAGCAUGAAGAUUGCAGUAGAAGGCUGCUGCCAUGGAGAGCUGGACAAGAUCUACGAGACAAUCGCCUAUCUGGAGAAGAAGGAAGGGGUAAAAGUGGACUUGCUGCUUUGUUGCGGAGACUUCCAAGCAGUGCGAAAUGAAGGCGACAUGAAGUGCAUGGCAGUACCAGCCAAGUACAGAACGAUGCAGACCUUUUACAAAUACUAUUCUGGAGAGAAGAAGGCCCCGGUCCUGACCAUCUUCAUUGGAGGGAACCAUGAGGCUUCCAACUACCUACAGGAGCUUCCUUAUGGAGGCUGGGUGGCACCCAACAUUUAUUAUCUAGGUUAUGCUGGUGUUGUUCGCUACAAAGGGAUUCGAAUCGGUGGCUUAUCUGGAAUCUUCAAAUCACGUGACUACAGGAAGGGUCACCAUGAAUUCCCUCCAUACAAUCCUGACACACUUCGAAGUGUAUACCACAUCAGAAAUGUGGAGGUCUUCAAAUUAAAACAGAUCCAGAUACCCAUUGACAUUUUUAUGAGUCAUGACUGGCCUCGUGGAAUCUACUACUAUGGAAGUACAGGGGAAUUGUUGCGAAAGAAGAAAUUUCUGCGUCAUGAGGUGGAGUCCAACACUCUGGGAAGUCCUGCUGCUGAGGAGCUCCUAGCUCACCUCCAGCCCAGCUACUGGUUCUCUGCACACCUUCACGUGAAAUUUGCUGCUGUUAUGCAGCAUCCGCCUAAAGGUACUGCUGCCCCACGUGUAACCAAAUUCCUGUCCCUGGAUAAAUGUCUGCCGUACAGGGAAUUCUUACAGAUUGUGGAUGUACCAGAGAGACCAGGCUCAUCUGAGGGUCUUGAGUAUGAUCCCGAGUGGCUUGCUAUUCUGAAGGCCACCAACAGUCUACAAAGGACAACCCCACACCCCUGGAACCCCCCAGAGAAUAACGGCCUGCACGAACGGUGGGACUUUAGAGUUUCAGAAGCAGCCAUGAUGCAGGUGGUGGAGGAUUUCAGCGGUGAACUUGCCAUUCCUGACAACUUUAGUCGGACUGUACCACCCUAUGACCCUAGCAAGCCCCAGCCCCAUGCCGUCCCCAGUCGUAACACCAACCCUCAGACGACCGAGCUCUGCGCCACGUUAGGUCUCACAGACAUCUAUGCCCAGGCUAGCCAGGGAGGUGAUGAGCUGGGGAGAGUUCCAGGCAGCGCUGGAGGAGAGGAGGAGGAUGAUGAUGAUGGACAAAGUGUAGGAAGUGUGGAAGAGCCCAGCGAGUACCCAAGUGACACGUCAGGACUGUCGAGUUCAUUUAAUCCAGAUGAGAUCACAAUAGAGGAUGAGUGGGAGGAAGAGGUGGGAGAGAAGGGAGAGGAGGUUGUUGAGGACAGAUCUAACUCAGAAGCAGCAGCAGUAAAGGGAGAUCAGUGCUCACAUGUACCUGAAGGUGAAAUCCAUACCCCCACCCGCAUGGUCCUGCCCAAGCCCAAAUCUGAUGCCUCACCCACUCAUCUCUGCCACCUAAUGAACCUGCCACCUCCCGCACACUCCACCCCAGCAGUAGCCCGGUGUCAGUCAGAAGCAGACAGGGAAGGACUCUGUGAGGGCGACGAUGAUGAUGCCACGGCUGUACGCAUCCUCAAACGCACCAGCGAUGAGAGCGGGGAUCCUGGCAGCCGAGGAACAACUCCCAGAAUCAAACGCAGGAACCAGGUCAUUUAUACAGCAGUGGAGGAUGACGAGAGUGAGGAUUAGGGGUCAGGGUGAGAUCAGGCAAGGUGAGGAGGGAGUCCAUGCCGUCUGUGUACAAUUCUCCAUUAGUUCAACUGUUCAUUUCACUAUUCUUUUACAUAUUUACAGCUGCUGGCAUGAGCUGUACAGAGCAGGUGUGGCUUUAUUAAAAUGCCCUCAAGGCAUUUUUUAAAAAAUUUGUUAAAGACGAGUGUUGGUUUCUAGAGAGGCAGUUGUUGCCAUGGAGAUGUUUCUUUGUUAAAAUGUGUUUUUUAUAUAUUUUAAUCAAACAAGAAUAUUUUAGGAGAAUUUUUUUGUUUCCUGUUAACUUUUUGUACAGGUUAUUUCAAGAUGAGAGCAAUUAAAGUUAAGAGGCUGGAGAUUCAGAUGUCCUUUUUUUAAACCGGAGUAAUGACACAUGUACAGCCAGACUCAAAGGAAGAAAAUAAAAUGUGGCUGUUGGUG